AUGGCACCGCCCGACGCUCUCUCCGAGAUGGACUUUUCCGUCAACCUGCCCGAGUCCCGGGUCCUCAUUAUCGCGACUGGAGGCACGAUUUGCAUGCAGCCAACGCCGGACGGACUCCAGCCUAUGGCGGGCUUUCUCGACCGUGCCAUGGCUCCGCGACCAUGCUUUAAUGACAAGUCACAGCCUAGAGUUCAACUACAGGCUUUCCACCACGGCAAGGAGCUCGCCCUUGACAGUCUUCGCACGCCACCCAGCACCUAUUCUCGCCACGUGCGCUACGGGAUCCUCGAGUUUGAUCCCCUCUUAGAUUCCAGCUCAAUCUCGUGCGAUGGAUGGAAGGCCAUCGCGGAAGCGGUCAAGGAGAACUAUUACCUCUUCGACGGGUUUGUGAUCCUGCACGGGACCGACUCCCUCUCUUACACCGCGUCCGCGCUCUCGUUCAUGAUGUCGGAUCUCGGGAAACCCGUCAUUCUUACGGGUUCGCAAGCUCCCAUCUUCGCCCUCCAGUCCGACGCAGAGGACAACCUUUUGGGGUCUCUCAUCAUCGCAGGCACCUUUGUCAUCCCCGAAGUGUGCCUAUUCUUCCACCACCGGCUCUUUCGCGGGAACAGGACCUCCAAGGUGUCGGCAUCCUCUUUCGAGGCUUUCGAAAGCCCCAACCUCGAACCCCUGGCCAAGGUCAACGGACUAGGCAUCGACGUAAAUUGGCCGCUCAUCCACCGCCCAAAGAGGCUGGCCGAGUUCCGCAUCGCCACCAACCUGGACACGGCUCGCGUCGCUUGCCUCUGGGUCUUUCCGGGCAUCCAACCAGCCAUGAUCGACUCGGUGUUGCGUCUGCCGAAUCUCCGCGGGUUGAUUUUGGCAUCCUUUGGCAUGGGCAACACGCCCGGUGGCAUAGACGGAGGCUUGACCAAGGUCAUCCGGGAGGGUAUUGAGCGGGGCAACAUCAUCGUCAACGUCUCCCAGUGCACGUCUGGGUUCGUGUCACCCAUCUACGGCCCCGGCACCGAACUAGGGAGGGCGGGAGUCAUCUUUGGCCUAGAUCUCACCAUCGAAGCGGCACUGACAAAACUCUCGUACCUGCUCGGCAUCCCCGGCCUCUCGACCGAGGAGAUUACGCGGCAAAUGUCGCUGUCCCUUCGCGGCGAAAUGACGGAGCGGACCCAGCCAGCCUUUACGCAUCCUGCCGGGACGAGCGAUUCGGCCGCGGCGCUUCUCACGCCCAUUGACGCCGCUUUCACGGCGCUAGGCUAUGCCAUCAGAAACGGGGACUUGGAGGCUGUCCAGGAGAUCCUGGCCGGCGAUGAGGUCACGAUGCUGAAAAAGUCGACUACGCCGGUAACACCGCCAACCCCCACGAUACCAUUCUCACCUUCCGACCGCAUUCUCCUCGUCGGCGAGGGCGACCUGAGCUUUGCUGCGAGCUUGAUCGCCCACCACAAGUGCACGCGCGUGACCGCCACCGUGCUCGAGAAGAACCGCGCCGAGCUCCUCGAGAAAUACCCCCACGCCGAGGCCAACGUCGCCGCAAUCGAGGAGGCGUCCGCUCAGGGCGCCAAGCUCCUGUACGGCGUGGACGCCACCAAGAUGCCCGCCUUCACCGACAAGUCGUCGGAGCGCCAGGCCGUCACCUCCGAGGCCGUGCUCCCCGCCCGCCGGAAAAGGGGCAAGAAGCCCGCCAUGGACCGCAUCUUGUUCAACUUCCCACACGUGGGCGGCAAGUCCACCGACGUCAACCGCCAGGUGCGGUAUAACCAGGAACUCCUUGUCGGCUUCUUCCGCCGCGCGAUGCCCAGCCUCGCGCGGGGCGGGUCCAUUGUCGUGACGCUGUUCGAGGGCGAGCCCUACACCCUGUGGAACGUCAGGGAUCUGGGCCGCCACUGCGGCCUGCAGGUCGAGAGGAGUUUCCGGUUCCGCGCGGAUGCGUAUCCGGGCUAUGCCCACGCGCGCACCCUCGGCGUAGUGAGGAACAAGAAGGGUGAGUUGGGCGGCGGCUGGAAGGGCGAGGACAGGCUGUCUCGGAGCUACGUGUUUGUUAGGAAAGGGGAGCAAACUCAAGUUGCCGUCAAGCGGAAGCGCGGCAAUGAAGACGACGAUGACGACGAUGAUGAUGGUGGCAACAGCGACAACGGUGACAACCCUGGAGCUGAUUCACCAAACGACUCCCUCGAGGACCCCGAGCUCGACGAGUCCGAGAUCGACUGA